AUGUCAUCGAAAUUUCGAUAUUUUUGGUCGAGCUACAGAGUAGCAUUGAAAUCACACGGAAGCCAUCACGUGAACCCGUGUGGAAAUUUUAAAUCCGUCGCUCGCCAUCUGUUUCGGCCAAACAACGCACCGCAGAGAAACGUCCACUUGUCGUCAACCUGGAGGCGGACCGUAAGCGGUUCGGGAUCAGCGGGCGGAAACAUCCAUACAGGUAUACACUGCGGCAAAUGCAAAAGCGCGGAUUCGUUUUUAGAGUUGUUUUUGACCACCGACAAGUUCGGCAGAUGUCCAAAGUGUUUUCACGUUUUCAAAAUAGUAUCCAACGAAGAACUGCUGAACAGCUUCGCCAAAAUCGGGGCCGAGGACAAGAACACACGCAAACCGCCGCCGACGCCAAAAGAAAUAGCAGAAAACCUAAACAAAUACGUGAUCGGACAGGAACUGGCCAAGAAAGUGUUAUCCGUGGCCGUGUACAAUCACUGUAAACGGAUAUUGCACAACAACGCCGAGACGCCGCCGGUCAAGCGCGUUCCCGUCGACCGGCACGUAGAAAACAUGUUGAACGCCCGCGAGUUCUUCCCCGGCAACCACUCGCUGGACGCCGCGCUGCACUUGAAUAACGCCAAUAAGAACGACGACAAAGACGAAAAGUUCAACAACACCACGCUGGAGAAGAGCAACAUCAUGCUGAUCGGGCCCACGGGAUGCGGCAAAACCUUGUUGGCGCAGUCCAUCGCCAAGCAUCUGGACGUGCCGUUCGCCAUAUGCGACUGUACCAAUUUGACGCAGGCCGGUUACGUGGGCGAAGACAUCGAGAGCGUGAUCGGCAAACUCUUGCAGUCGGCCAAUUCGGACGUGAACAGAGCGCAGACGGGAAUCGUGUUCCUGGACGAGAUCGACAAAAUCUUCGCCGUGUCCGGUCACCAACAUCUGCGGGACGUCAGCGGCCAAGGCGUCCAACAGGGCAUGUUGAAGAUGCUCGAGGGCACGGUGAUGAACGUGCCCGACAAAAACAGCCGGAAACUCCGCGGCGAAACCGUAUCGGUGGACACCACCAACAUACUGUUCGUGGCGUCCGGCGCGUUCACCGGGCUCGACAAGCUCAUUGGCCGCCGGACCAAAUUGAACAGCUUCGGCUUCGGCGGCAAUCGACCACCGCCGACAGUUGUCGAGCACACAUCGUCCAGCGGGUCAGACGUGGAAAAACAAAACGCCGAAAGAGACGAUUUGCUGAAGCAAGUCAAUCCCCGGGACCUUGUCCAGUUCGGCAUGAUCCCCGAGUUCGUGGGCAGGUUCCCGGUUCUGGUGCCGUUCCACUCGCUAAACCGAAACUUGCUCGUUCAGAUUUUAACCGAACCCAAAAACAGCACGAUCAAACAGUUCCAACUGCUGUUCGGCCUGGACAAAGUCGACCUGACGUUCACUGAUGAUGCGCUCCUGGCGAUCGCCGAACAGGCGCUGGAACGAAACACCGGCGCCCGCGGGUUACGGGCCAUCGUCGAAUCCAUUCUGUUGGAACCCAUGUACGAGUUACCGGGGUCGGGCGUGGCCAGAAUUCGCAUUACGGCGGAAAUGGUGAACGGGAAAAACCAGCUUCGUUACAUGCGUGGCCGUCAAACCGACGACAACGAAAUCAAACGCCAAAAUCCAGUUAACAGCCCGCUCAAACGCUGA